ACCCCUCGGUCAAUGAGAUCCCUCUCUUUGUUUAUUCCCUCAACUCUUCUCAAGUAUAUAUACAUUUGAAGGCCUUUUUUGAUUUUGCAGGCUCCUCUUGUUUACUUGUGAGGAUUUGGGUUGGUAGCUUUAUUCUGUGGUGAGGGGAAAUGGCUCCAGAUGCAAAAAUGCACAGUUUUGAAGAGGUUGCAAAGCACAACAAGAUCAAAGAUUGCUGGUUGAUUAUUUCUGGGAAGGUGUAUGAUGUAACUCCAUUCAUGGAUGAUCAUCCAGGUGGUGGUGAAGUCUUGCUGUCAGCCACGGGGAAGGACGGCACAAAUGAUUUUGAAGAUAUAGGGCACAGUAAUGAUGCACGAGACAUGAUGGAAAAAUACUACAUAGGAGACAUUGAUUCAAGCAUCGUCCCCAACAAGCGCACCUACAUUCCCCCACAGCAAACCCCUUACAACCCCAACGCCAAGGCCUCUGAAUUUGUCAUUAAGAUCCUACUGUUUCUAGUGCCCCUCCUCAUCCUCGGCUUGGCUGUUACAGUUCGUCAAUACACUAAAAAGUAGGAAGGAAUUGCUGCUUUCAUCUUUUACUUCAAAACUCUCAUAUGUUAUUGUUUCAUUUCCUUUUUAGUGUUCAACCCGAUGCUGGGUUCAUCGUAUGUUCAUUGUCCAAAAUUAUAAAUGUUUUGAACCCGGUUCGGCCGUAUUAAUCAGGUUUUAUAUACAUGAUUAUGAGUUCAUC